AUGGCCUUCCUCCUCCCCAAGCUCACCACGCCUCCCUGCAGAUCGCCGCCGCCCAGUCCCCUCAAGCCCCAGCUCGGCCUGCCCAGCCACGGAGGCGGCAGGCUCCACGGGGCCGGCUCGGCGCAGGCCGCGGCGCCGACCCACCUCAACCUCCCGCUCCUCCUCAGCGCCUCGCAGCAAGAAGCCCCCACGGCCAAGUCCGCCGAGACCAGGAACAGGGCUGCGAGCGGCGGCGGCGGCGGCGGCGGGGACCCGCGAAGGUCGGAUUUUUACCUCAACCUUGGGGCGGCGGUGCGCGCGCUGCGGGACGACCUGCCGGCCGUGUUCCUCCGGGAACCCAACUACGACAUCUACCGCGAAGACAUCACAUUUGUUGAUCCGCUGAACACUUUCCAUGGGAUUGACAACUACAAAACAAUCUUCUGGGCUCUCAGAUUCCACGGACGUCUACUAUUCAGUGAAAUUGGGCUCGACGUAUCACGCAUUUGGCAACUAACAGAAACCUCGAUAGUUGUCCGGUGGGAACUGUGGGGCACACCGCGUGUCCCGUGGGAAUCAUAUGGCUGCUUCAGUGGCACAUCCAGGUACAAAGUCGACAGGAACGGGAAAAUUUACGAGCAUAAAGUCGACAACCUGGCAUUGGACUUCCCCCGGCCGGCUGUCAAAGUGGGCAGCAUUACUAACUUAGUAGUUGCUGCAUACCCACCGAGCCCCAAUCCAACUUUCUGGGAUGUAGUUGGGACAGGCGAUGGAUGCUCAUGGACAAAGCUUUACCGAGCGGUGCUGGAGACAGUAGAGCGGGAAGGUGACAUUCCCGCAGGCAUUUGCAUGGAAGGUCUACUCACUUGUUCAUAG